GACAAGGUAUCUUGAACUAUGUCCCUUACGGUGUCUGGCGCAAAAAGUAUUGCUGAAUUUAAUCCAAGUCAGGUAAUUCAGAGCUUCCAAGAAGCCUAUGAGGAAGGAUGCAUCACAGAUAAGUUACGACAGCACUUUUGCCAGUUUGUUCCACUGGUGUAUGGACUUCUGGGAGAGUAUGACCCUAACAGAGAGGAGAGAAAAGCAAAGAAGCUUCUGUUUAAUCCAGUAGAGGCAUUUCUAUGUGGAGGCCCACCUGAUGCUGUGUUUAAGGAGUUGAAGGAGAAAGAUCACCCACCCAUUCUGUGUGGCCGCGUGUUCCGCAGUGGAGAACCAACAUACUCAUGCAGAGAUUGUGCAGUUGAUCCAACAUGUGUUCUCUGCAUAGAUUGCUUCAACAAUGGCGCACAUAGAAAGCAUAAAUACAGGAUGAGCACGUCCAGUGGUGGUGGCUAUUGUGACUGUGGCGACAAGGAGGCCUGGAAGACUGACCCACUGUGUGAAAUACAUAGAAAAGGGGAAGAAAAAGGGAGUAAUCAGAACCCCAUUGAUAAUUUGCCAGCAGACCUCAGGCAGAGAGCUGAAGCAGUUUUAUCAUUUGUGAUAAAGUAUGCGGUUCAGAUGCUGCUGUGGACGCAGUAUGAUGACCUUCCUCCUGACCUUCGACCCCCAGAAAUGGGAAACACAUACUGUACCAUGCUUUUUAAUGAUGAAAUCCACACGUAUGAGCAGGUCAUCAACACUUUGACUAGAGCCAUUGAAUGUACCAAGAAGGAAGCUGUUGACUUUGCCACCACAGUUGACAGAGAGGGAAGAAGCUCAGUGAAAAAUGGAUCAUUCACAGAUUGUGAAGAAGUCAGGAGAUAUGUGGAGAGGAACACGACCAGGCAGGGCCAGAGCAAGGCGUUGAAGUGUCAUGUCAUGCACUUGUCAGUGGUGGCACAUCAGAUAUUUGCCCAGAGGAUGUUGACCUGGUUGUUACGACUUAUAGGACAGUCAGAUGGUUUACGUCAGUUGUUUUGUAAAGUGUCAAUGGAGCCUAGUGAAGAGCUGGAUGGGCAGUGUUUACUGGAGAAAAUAAUGUUGGCUGAUACACAACUGUGGAAAGCUGCCAGGGUUCAAAGCCAUCAGCUUUUCAUGGCAGGUGUUCUCAUGGAUCAGGAGUACAAGAAGAAAUUUGCAGUUCUCUUUACACAGCACUACCGUCAGCUGGUUCAAGACUUUAUUGCAGACGAUCAUUACCGUUCUGUCUCUGCUACCGCCAUAUCUGUGCAAAUCUUCACUGUGCCAACAUUGGCCCGAAUGCUCAUCACAGAACAUGACUUACUCUCUGUGAUUUUGAAGACCUUUCUGGAAGAAUGUGAAUCUAAAAAGGAUAGGGAUGGUAAAUUCACCUUUGACAGAUCAGAGAGGAGUCAACAGUUCAAGAGAGCACAGUAUGUGCUGUAUGACCUGAAGUAUGGGCUGAACUGCAAGCCUUCUCCAGAGGAAUGGAACGAUGAUCUGCGCAGAAAUUUUCUGAAUGGUUUCCAGUGUAUGUUGAAUCUGUUGUCAGCAAUGCAGGGCAUGGAUGCUGUGCAGAGGCAGACUGGCCAACACUUGGAGUUUGAGCCAGAGUGGGAGGGAGCAUUUAACCUCCAGAUCAAGCUAGAAGACAACAUACAGCUGAUGCAAGAAUGGUGUGCAACUGAUAAGUCAGUUUUGAUAGAAGCCUACAGGAAAGUUAUGGAAACACUGGAAAAGCAGAAACAGCCCAGGAGGAAAACUGAAAAGGUUUCAGUUUGUGGUCACAAAGUAGAAUGUACCAAGUAUGAUGUGUCCUCACAGAAAGUGUCCAUUCAUCUCCCAUUGUCCAGGAUGCUGGCAGGACUACAUGUGUAUCUAGAAAAAUAUAGAUUGACUUUUUCAUCGCCAGAACUUUUAUUUGAGCCCAAGUUGAGUAUGGUGGAUUUGAUAGAACUGCCUCUCAGAGCUCAGGUACUUGUGGCACAGACCCAGGCUAGCAUGUGGAGGAGAAAUGGGUUUUCUUUGCUCAACCAGAUCUAUUUCUACUUGAACGUGCGAUGUAGAACACAGAUGUAUGACAAGGAUAUCAUCAUGCUGCAGGCAGGGGCAUCCUCCAUAGACAGCAAUCACUUCAUAGUACAUGUCAUGAAUAAAUUUGGACUCCUGCAAUGGGUGAAGGAUGAAUAUGAUACCCCUGGAGGAGGGAACACUGGCACCCAGGAUGACACUGUGAGAUAUACCAUUACACUGGCAGAGGAAUUCCUUAACCUACUGAUCAUUAUACUGAGUGAGCGUUACUGCCAGGGUAUAGGAGAGGUCAGUAAGGAUGAGGGUAUCCAGAGAGAGCUCAUUCACCAGCUUUGUCUCAAGCCCAUGGCACACAGUGAGCUGGAGAAGGCAAUGCCUGAAGAUGCAAAUCAUGAGACUGGUAUUGAAGAGAAUGUGCACAAGGUGGCUGACUUUAGCAAGAAAUCAGACAGUGGAAAGGGUCUGUAUGAACUAAAGCCAGAGUUCUACAAAGACUACAGUCCUUUUUUCUAUCACUAUACCAAAGCAGAGCAAUCCAAGUCUGAAGAAGAACAAAGGAAAAGGAAAAAACAGGCUGGGGAAGACCAAGCCCUUCCUCCACCCGUGCCUCCUCCAUUCACAGCAGCUUUCCAGCCCUGUGUGAACUUACUGCAGUGUGAUGUGAUGCUUCACAUUAUGAAAACUGUCCUCCACAGGACAGCAGCUACCUGGUCCAGGUCGUGGUCUGAGGCACAGCUGGAGAGGGUCUUACACCUUAUUGGUUUGGCCCUUCAUGAAGACAGGAGAGCUCAUGAUAGAGGAGAAGAAUCUUUUAACUUUGUUGAAAAAGCUAUGAAAGGGAAUGAAAAUUCAUUGCACUCUACUCUUGAAUCCUUGGUUGGACAUCAGAAUAUUUCCCAUGAUACACAGAAGGAUCUUCUUUCAUGGACCCUGAAGACAUUUGCUGAAGUUAGAGCAUUAAAAGAUGAGUCAGCAUCAUCUGAAGCUGUUGACAUAGCAACCAAAACAACUGCUGUCAUUGAUGAGAGAGAGCAACAGGAGAAGAAACGCAAGGAGAUAGCGGCCAAGCGCCGAGCCCGAAUCAUGGCACAAAUGUCGGCAAUGCAGAAGAACUUCAUACAGGAGAAUGCCGAGUUGUUUGAGAGCACAAGUACUGAACUCAAAGCAGCUGUAUCUGACAUGGACAUUAGUGAGCCAGUUGCCGUGGAGUCCCCAGUAUGUUUGGGUCCCAGUAGAAGUAGUAGUAUGGCGGCAGCAGCCAUUACCCACACCUGCAUACUGUGUCAAGAAGAGCAAGAGGUGGGACAGGGAGAGAGAGCUCUAGUACUGGCUGUCUUUGUUCAAAGAUCUUCAGUAUUAUCCAAGAACCGAGGUAAAAGGGUUGAAGACACGGAUGAGUAUGACCCUCUGUUCAUGCCACCUGACCUGUUCUGUGGGGCUUACACCAGCACAUGUGGCCAUGUGAUGCAUUCAGACUGCUGGCAAAGCUUCUUUGACUCAGUGCUGGCAAAGGAAAGGAGGCGCAUCCUCCGUUUUCGACACAGGCUGAGUUAUCAUAUAGAGAGGGGAGAGUUCCUGUGUCCUUUGUGUGAAACAAUAAGCAACACUGUGAUUCCCAUCAUACCACCACUACAGACAUUAGUCAGAGAAGGUAGCACUACAGCAAUUCAUCUCAGUCUUGGUGACUGGAUAGAUGGGCUACAGAAAACUGUUAGAGCAAGCAUAAAGGCAAUCAAGGAGAAAGAAUCAGAAGAGGAAAGAUUGUUAUACACACCUUGUCCGUUGUCCUCUAUCACUAAGAUGAUGACGGAGAGUGUAGCUAGGAACUUUAAUUUGUUGUUUGAAUAUAUUACAGAUGAUGGCAGCAAUUAUUUUUCUGAGUCUAUCUCUCAAAUGCUGAAGAAAUUUUCAAGGGACACUUAUGCAAUUGGUUUAGGAGUGCUUCCAGAUGACAGUAAUGACCGCAUCCCACAAAUGCCAUGGAGUACUCUAGCCUUCACCAUUCAGGCCAUAGAUAACUGCCUGCGAGAGGACAGCAAGCCUCUGUUUGGUUCUCUCUCCUCUCGUCAACUUGAUUGUCUGAAUGCAUUGGUGAAGGUGGCGUGUGUGAGUGGUCAGGUGACCCAACCAGAGGUGGUCAAACAGAACUGUGUGCGAUUACUGUCAGGCCUAAUACUGCAGUCAACAGAGAAGAAGCCAUGGAGUCACCCAUGUCUACUGGAGAUAGAUAUGUUCCACUACAUGGUGAAAGCAUGUGUCUCCAUGCCAAUACUGUACUCUGAGAAUAACACCCCCACCGUGUGCAGUUUGUCCACUGCGGGUCUCAAUGACCUCCAUCUAUUGGAGCUGGUAUUGACUGCUCACAUGGUGCAGAUCAUCUUAUCAGCAGACUUCCAAAUUGUUGAACCCAUGGAGCUAGAGUUGGAAGGGGACACUGAGGAAGCCAGCUUGUUGAGAAUGUACAAUGAUGUCAGGGCUAAAGCAGGGCUGGAUACGGAAUUGAGUCCUUUCCCAUGGCACUUAAACAGUCAUAUCAAAGAGGCGUGUUUGCCCUUCUUGCGUUGUGCUGCCAUCUUCUUUCACCUUGUUAGUGCUGUUUCACCCCCAAGUGCAUUGUAUGAAGUAGGAGGGGAUGAAUUUGAAUGCAUCUGUAAAUAUCUCUGCCUGCCUACCUCAGUCAAUGCAAUACUGGGACAGUACCUUCCAGUCUUAGAUAGUCUCAUUACUAGUUGGUGUACAGACCAGUGUGUCCAGGACCACCUGUCAGAAUCCCCCUCCACUCUGGUCACUUACCCACGUGUGGACUACCAGCUGGUCAAACUGCCAGUGGACUUCAGUGAUCUGAUUAACAAAGUGUCCACGUUCAAUUGCCCAAAUUCAGACAGUGAUGAGAGCCGUGCCCCCACCAUGUGUUUGGUAUGUGGUCAGUUACUGUGCUCUCAGAGUUACUGCUGUCAGGUGACUCGGGACGGUCAAACUAUAGGUGCUGCCACCGAGCAUACUGAAACAUGUGGAGCUGGUGUUGGAAUAUUCCUGAGAGUUCGUGAUUGCCAGGUGCUGCUUAUGGCAGGAAAAUCCAGUCUGAGAGGCUGCUUUUACCCUCCUCCAUAUUUAGACGAAUAUGGAGAAACAGAUCAAGGAUUGAGGCGAGGAAACCCACUCCAGCUCAGUCAUGAGAGUUAUGAGAAGAUCCAAAGAAUGUGGCUAAACCAUACAAUACCAGAGGAAAUUGCACAUACUUUGGAGACCAACUCAAACUUACUGAGUUUCCAGUGGGAAAAUCUGUAGCUCAUCACAUACCAGGGCUUUUGACUGAUAAUUAAUCCAUACAUUUAAACUUUAGUGUGUUUAAUAAUUAUAAUAUUUAAGACAUUUAACCAGAAGGUUUUGUUCAUCAAUUAAAAGGUAUCCUGCAUUCAUUUGAAAAGGUCAAAAGUUAUUUUUGCCCUGCAAGUCUCAUUUUACCCAACUCAAGACAAGAUGAUUUGGCAUGAGAGCCCCCUGAUAGGAUACCUUUAAAUGAUGGCAGGCAUUAUAAAAGACUCCAAACACACAAUUUAAGUUUUCUUUCUUAACAUUAAAAUGUGACAUGUUUCAGUUUCUGAUAGCUUUUUUGUUAUUUUAUCAAAAUGGAGAUCCUUGGAUCAGAUCUUGGAUAAGCCAUAUCUUAACAGCGAAGUUGUUGAAAGAAUUUGCUUUCCCCUUGCAUACUAUUAUCAGGUGGCACCCACCAUUAUUUAUUUAAUUAACAGCUUUUACAGUUGUACAGUGAAAGACUGCAGUCAAAUAUUUAAUUUGCUUAGGAAAAUAUUCACUAACUUAUUGGUUUGUUUUUUUAAACUUUUUGUUCACUGCAUCCAUGCAGCUUAUAUACUAUGAUUUUUUUGGUCAUUUUUCAUUUACAUCAUUGACAUAAAGGCAAGUGACAGUUCAUGUUUUCUUUUGGAGAAUAUAGUUAAAGCUGGAAUUUGUCAAAAGACUCAUUUUUAGAUCAAAUAGAAGAAAAAAAUUGUGAAGACAAAUGUUUAAAAUUGGAAGCAAGCAAAUGCUUGAUGUUGUGGGAAAUACUCUGUUAAAAUGUUUCCCAGACUUUUCAUUGAAGAUGUGCAUCAUGCUAAGUUUUGCUAAAUAUGUGGUACACAAAACCAUUUUCAAAUCAAUUUUUGAAUUCCAGUCAUCCCCACAGCCAUUAAGGGCCUUGGCACUUUAUCUCACGUAUAUCUCAUGUAAGUUUUUUUCAUACACUAUCCAGUUAAAACAUCUAAAACCUGAAAUGUUUACAUCUUUUAAUUUAAAAUUACAAAUUCAUUGUAUUUGGACACAAUGUGUCAAUUUUUCCUUCCAAUAAGGCUCCAUUCACAUGGAAAAUCUAUUUUCUAAAAAUCUAUUUUCAGUAUCUUGUGAUCACGGUCUGUGCACUGAA